AUGGCGGGCAACGUCGUCACCAAGGAGAUGACGGAGGAGCUCAUCUUCAGUGGUGCAGACGUGAUCAAGGUGGGCAUUGGCCCGGGCAGCGUUUGCACAACUCGCAAGCAGACAGGUGUCGGUUACCCGCAGCUUUCCGCGGUUCUGGAGUGCGCUGAUGCCGCGCACGGCCUUGGUGGACGAAUCGUGUCCGACGGCGGGUGCACCUGCCCCGGCGAUGUGUGCAAGGCCUUUGGCGCUGGCGCAGACUUCGUCAUGCUAG